GCCGUCGACGCAGCCAUUCGCGCUCGUCAAGGUCAACUGCGCGGCGACGCAUGCGCGCCGUGACGCAUGCGCCGAUUGGAGCGUUGGCUGUACGCUGCGAGCGGCACCCGGCGCGAUGCUGAACUCACGGAGCGUCUCUUUCACGGCCCGCUCCUUUCUUCCGGUUGCGUCGCAUGGCGUUGCGUUGUAUCUACUGAGAAUGAACUGAGUAUACACUUCCGAUUUGACGAGAUGAAGAAGAGAAUGAAAAUCGGGAAAUCCGCAAACAGUACGGCCCUGUGGCCGAUAGCGCCGGUUUCAAAGCGACCGGAGGUUCCAACUUCCAACAUCGAAUGUGCUCUUCAGUUGGCGUCGCGACGCCGCCGUCGGAGAUUAUCGUCACGUCGAUUAUCAUCACGUUGUAUCAUCAGCGAUCGCAAUCGUGUUUUCUUGUAAAACAUUGAAUCGUGAAGUG